UCUUGUGUUGACACCAAAAACAUUGCAUUUUUUCAUUACAUUUGCAUUGAAUUGUGUUUUGAAUUGCAUUUAAAUCGUUAUUGAAAUCAGUUUUAAAGAUAUUUGAAUGAAAUGACAACAAAUUCAGACAAUUAUCUCGAAGUCACUGAAAGUCCAAAUGACAGACAAUUUGAGUCUUUGUUUAAACAGAUAAUAUCACCGGACAAGUGGUCCACACCUGACAUACAUGAAGACAUUGAGGAAUCAAAGUCUGUGGGCUUUUGCCUGAAGACGAAGGACGUGAACACCAAUGAGAAGAUAUUCAUAAAUUUCUGUCACUCAUUGAUGACUCAA